AUGGAUCAGCCCGAAGUCAAGUGCUGCUGUGGCAGAGACGAUUGCGCAUAUCUCCAGCAUAACAGAACUGCGUUGGAAAAUUUAGAAAAGGACGUCGACACGGCCGCGCGACUUGGCCACGCCCUCCUCGGACGCCAUGAAUCGUACAUGGUUGAAGCAGAAGCUGAUCGCGCGAAAAUGGUCGCCGAAAUCGAGAGCCUGGAAAAGCAGAAACGGGAAGUGCAAGCUGAGAAUGCAAAAAUCAUCCAGGAGAACAAAGAUCUCUUGGAUCAGCUGGAAGGGCUUAAUGGCGUGAUAUCGGAGUCAGAUGCGCAUAUCAAAGUGCUGAGCACAUCCUUAGAAACGGCCCAACUCGAGGUCCGACGCUUGACGGCCGCAACGUCGAGAGCUGCCCUUCUUGAAACACAGCUGAGUGCCAUGGAAAACGACCAGGCGCGAUUGGAAGAGACACUUGCCGUUACCCAGGAAAACGAACGCUCCGCCAUUCACCGCUGGCGAAAGGCGGAAAUUACACUAAGAGAUUUGCACGAACAGGUGGAUAAGAUGGAGAAAGAAUCGAAAGAGGAGCGAGAGAAGCACGUCGAAUUGCUAGGACGGAUGGAGAGGCGGAGGGCAGUGGAAAGAGAGCUGGAUUCCGCUGCGGGCAGGCUCAAAGGCGCAGCAGCAGCCACUGAAAUCAGCCGGAAUAAAAAUGGGACGAACGUCGUAUCUCAUUUUGUUCGAGACAUACUCCAGGACAAUGCGAAUCUUCAGUUGAAUAUCUCGGAGCUUAAAGACCUGCUUCAGAACUCAGACGAAGAAGUUCGAAAUCUAAGAGAGCAGCUCCUGCUUCAUCAGCCCUUGAGCGGAACAGACCCGGAAGACCGAAGUGGACAUGUUGGACGUGCUGGUAUUCCCCUUAGCGAGGAGCUGCAAAACGUACAAUCCGCGCCGCAAGAGUUUCAUAUUCAUCACCAUUAUCACACACCGGUAACAGUGGCAGCUCAACGCAAAGAACGAAACCAGCCAACGAUGCAUCGACGACAAAGAAGACGGAAAGCCAUAUUCCCGCCCACUCUCCUUGAGUCUCCGCCUAAAGAAUCAGUCGAAAGCCCCUUGAGUGCGCACCGCACAAGAGACUCUGCUUCUUCCAUUUCCACAACGUUAUUUCCAACGACGCCAUCAUCCAUCCGCACCCAUCGCUGGGUGGACCAAACCCCCGGUCCAGCGUUCUCUUCCGCGCCGAGUUCUCCAAGAUCCGCGUACAAACCUUCGUCUGUAUUUGAUCGUUCUGAUAUAGGAUUUGAUUCAUCUCGGCCGACUAGUCCUGAGAGCGGAUUUACCUCUCCGCUGAUGAAAGCGGCUCAUCGAAAAGGGCCAUCGGACACUUCAAUUCGUUCUGUGCUUGAUGAGCGGUGGCUGGAUGAUAUACCGACAUCAUCGUCUUCGGUGCAGCAUCUGGAAUACUCACGGAUCCAACCGUCAACCCGGUCCGACCUAUUUGCUGACAAUGGUGGGAGCGCCGGAGGCAGCUAUAGUUGCCCAUUUCGCGGGUCACCAAUUCUGGAAGACAAUGAUGAUCAAAAAAAUUCAAAAGGGUGUCAUCUUUCUGAUGACCAGGUUGUUAUGCCGUUACACUCCCCCCAAUUACAUCGAUCCACGUCUCGUGAAAGUCUUUUGUCCAUUUCAGGCAUGGAUAUCCAUUCGACGAGUGAUUACUCGACCAAGUCCCGCGCGACAUAUGUACUGAAGCCUCCUCGGCGUAUAGCGUCGGCAGGCACGAUAUUCUCAUCCACUUCCCCCGUGAUCUCGCGGACGAAUGUAACAAUCUCUAAAGCGAACAGUGGAGAUCAGUCCCCUCUUUCCCUCCUAUCCUCCGUCGUUUCUGCCACAAAUAAUGCAGCCAAUUCAACAUCAAUUCGAGAACCUUCUUCCGAGUCAAAUAACACUUCAAAACCCCAACCCAUGAGUAUCAAAAGCCGCAUGGGAGGCUGGGUAUUGGGCAAAUGGAUCUCAACGGCGCCAAAACCUACACCACCGAAAUUAGACACUCCAGCAUGCCCUACCUCUGAUUCCACCUCGUUUUCGACUUCCACGACCAACAAAGACACCGUACGGCCAUUGCCAGCACCACUAUUCAGGCCACCAGGCGUAAAUCAAAAGGGGCCUAUUCUUGGCUUACGACCUCCCGACAAACCACCGACUGUAAUACACCCGCAGAAUGUGGAUGCAAUGUUAUUACAGGAGAGUUUGGCGGAGUAG